UUUUAGCAUCAUGGCCGUGGAACACACAAAAUAGCACCCAGUGAGACCCUGAGAGAGGUUAAAUGUGAGGUACGAGUUAAAUCUGGGAGUCUGGAAGAAUGAGUGAAGUCUGCAUGGAUUAUCAUACGUGGAAGUUACACAAGAACCGAAUAGUAACCUUACUGUGCCUCAUUUCCGCUUUUCUACUGACUACCUCAAUAUGCAUCAUACACUGGGCCAAACUUACGCUGCCGCAACACCAGUACCGUCCCAAGAUAGGAGAUUACAUUGGACCCGAUAACAUCACCAGUAUAUACCUGGGACUCUUUACAACCUCUCACGGCUCAUACUACUCGCUCUUCAAGGAUGUUAACAAGGAGGAAAUUAGAAAAGUAAACAUUGUGGCUAGUUUGCUACUAGUAUCGGUGUGCUCUGUGCUCAUGGCCGCAGCUACCAAGUUAUUAGCGCCAAGACACUGUCACCUAGCUAAACGGUACAAGGGAUCAGCAUUACUUAGCGUGCUGGCUGCGGUGUUGAACAUCGGUUCACUGGUAUUGUGGUUCUGGUUCACACACGGAUUUACACAUGGCAGAUCCACUCUGGGCGCUGUUCUAGACUUCAGCUACUCUGUGUUUAUCAUGCUUUCUAGCUGUGGACUACUCAUCAUAGUCAUCGCCCUGGAAUUUAUAUCAUGUCGGAGAAGAUCACAUCUGGAUACGGAUCUAGUGAUCUCGCCAACACCGUCUGAGGAGAGCGAUGUUGCGCCCCUGAACAUGACACCAGAUCCUCCUGAUCGACCCCCUCCUUAUCAAGACCUGCACUGAGAGUGGAACCCUUAAUUACGAUAAUUAGACAAUUAUGUAUUUUUGUGUGAUGGAAUGGGAAUGUGCUUAAAGGUCAUAAUAAUGGAUGAUACAUGAUCAGGACUUUGUUUAUAAUGAAACUCGGCAAAGCUGGCAGGGCUCGUUUAAACCGUGGUGAGAUACUAAAGAUAAGUCAGUUUCGGCCCAAUUUCGAUGGGACCACUUACGCAGUUGUUAGCCAAAUCUGAUUUAUUUAUCGACAUAAUAAUUUAUUCGUUGAAAAAUUAUUUAAAUUCAUAGUAUGAUGCUGAUUUUAAGCAGUGGUUGAUUCCAAAUUUUCUAUAGAUUUCAGACCUAUCUAUUUCGUUACACCCGAAUAUUUGAUUGAUGUUGAAGAUUCUGAAUUGUUGAUUCUUUUAUUUUUAGAA